ACACAAGCAGGGCUAACUACUCCCACAAACAACCCUGGAAGCUGACGCCAUGUAUAAAAUGCCACGUGACUUCCUGGUAGACGUCCUACCAGAACAAAAGCAGGGCUAACUUCUCCCACAAACAGCACCAGCGAGCAAAGACGCCGUCGCCGCUCCUGUCCUUUAUCAAGGCUGACAUUCAAGGUUAAUUACAUGGUUCCUGAUUGUGGAUUAGAAGAAGUUCUUUCUUCAUCCUGGUGACUGAGUUCAGAGCGCCAGGAUGGACUCCAGGUCUCGCAGGCUUCCCUUCUGCCUGUCAACUUCAAAGUCCUCGUACGCCUCCAGCGCCACGCCGUCCUCGUCCUCGUCACUGGGCUCCAGCAGGCUGUACAGCAGGGACACGGUGCUGAGCGAGCGAUUUCCCAGGGCGUCGGCCGCUUUUAAAGCAGACGUGGACCAGAAGAGUUCUCGCCUCUUGAGCUCAUCUAGAAACUACAACAACUCCGACUCAAAUAAUGGCAGCUGGAAGUUGCCGUCCUCGCUGGCAUCUUCCACUCGAUCCUACGAGCGUUCGUGGACAGAGUCGCCGCUCAGCAGCAGGACUAAACCGGGUGAUUCUGAUGGGAGGUUAGGCCGUUCCGGUCUGUUGACUGCCACUGAUGAUGGUGAUUCCAAACGGGCCAAACUGGCUUACAGUAACCGAGGACUGUACUCUGGAACCUCCAGCACCUCCCAUACAGGGUCCACCUACUCCAGUAGUGGACACAACAAUGCGAGAGCAGGCAUUCAGGAAAGACCAAGUGAUCCACUGGAGUCGCCGUGGACUUACAGCCGUUUCCUGUCGCGGUCCUCCACUUCUUCUUCAAAGCCGCAGUUGUCCAGCCGAGAGGCGGAGCCCCAGAAUGAGCCGACUUUGCGAGAAAGGAGGACAAGGAUCUCUGAUUUGACGUCGUCAUUGUACCCCACAGACCGCGUGGCCUCCACAUACGCCCAAGGUGCUCGGCCCAAAGACACCGCCUACUGCUCGUCCUCCUUUUCCAGCGGGCGAGAAAGCUCGCCAGGCCGGCACGUGUCCUCCGCUGCCAGUCGCUUUUCUCUCGCCCGCGACCUAAACGACAGACCCGCUCAUCGCUACCUGAGCGCCUCGUCAGGCCUCGCUUCAACCUAUGAACACGCCGCAGCCACCCUGACCUCACGCCCCACCUGGCACAGCUCACCGCCCACCAGACCGGAAGCCCCGCCCCCACCGAGACCCGCCGCUGUAAGUGCGGAAGCACAAGGGCGCUCCUCCACACGCCACCUUUUGUCCCGCCUCUUCUCACGCACCUCCAGCCAGGAGUCCUCCAGCAGCUCCUCGACUGUCGACGACGACGACGCUCUGUCCGUGGACAGCGACGAGGGCGCCAGGAUGUCUGCGCUGGAGGCGGAGUCUAGUAGGUGGGAGGCCAUCACAUCCGGCAGCAACCGCCGCAGACCCGACCUCGCUCCAAUACGGGAAAACAAAGACGGCGGUCUCUCCGGCGCCAGGACAUCGCAGAGUGAGGCUGACAGAGCGGCAGGUAGCAGCUACUCCUGGCUGUCGUCCUCCCUCCGUGGUCGCUGCCCAUCCCUUCUCUCCCGUCUGCGGAGGCACGCUCGCGACGACAGCGCGUCCUCACCCGCCGGCGCGGAGGAGGGCCUCACUCGUCCUCAGCACUUACUGAGAAGAUGGGAUGACCUGGAGCUCCGAUCCACACAGGACAACAACACCCAAGAGGAAGAGGAGGAUGACGAGGAAGAGGAUGAAGUAGAGCAAGGCGCCGUUGGUUUAGAUAUCUUUGCACGUCCUCGCCGGCAUGAGGACGACGACAAGUUACCUGAAGUGGAGGACGUUUCAGUGGGCGGGUCCCAGCGCCACAGGGUGGCUACAUUUCAAAACAACGCCAAAGCUCCUCAAGGUGGCGCCGAGCGGCCAUUGGACGGCAUUCCAUCACUUAGCAGCGCCAGCAGCAAGCAAGAGAAGCUCCGCAUUAUUAAGGAAAGGCUGCUGCUGGAAGACUCUGACGAGGACGAAGGAGACUUGUGUAGAAUCUGCCAGAUGGGAGAGGAGUCCUCAUCCAACCCUUUGAUCCAACCUUGCUGCUGCACAGGAAGUCUGCAAUACGUCCACCAGGAAUGCAUCAAGAGGUGGCUUUGCUCCAAAAUUGGCUCUGGCACAAAUCUGGAGGCCAUCAAAAACUGUGAGCUGUGCAAAGAGAAGUUGCGCUUGAACAUCGACAACUUUGACAUCCAGCAGCUGUACAGGACACACGUGCAGUCCGAAUAUGACGACUUCAUCAGCAGUGGUCUCUAUCUGGUAGUGCUGUUGCAUUUUUGUGAACAGAGGUUCUCUGAUGUCCUGGGGGCAGUCGAUGCAGCUGGGAUACGGCAACAGCUGACUGAUUUGCAGUUAUUUAACCUGGUGAGAAUCCUGCCUGACAACGUGGGCAUUCUGGAAAAUCCCCACCAGGACAGCAGUGACGAGAGCGAAGAUGGCCGACUUUCCAUCAGCUUCUCCGACCUGGACGACUACCUGGAGGACGACGAGGAGGAUAAAGAUGAGCACUGGCUCAGCGUUUGUUUGUAAAGUGACAACACGACUCGUUUGUUGUGUUGCACAAGAAUUAUGGAAAAUAUGAAAAUAAGUUGAAAGUGUAACGGGUGUCAUGAUGGGAAUAAAGAAAAUGAAUCUAAA